GUGCGGGACUGCCGGGGCGGUUCGGGGCUCCCAGGGCGGUUCGGUGCGCUCGGGGCGGUUCGGUGCGCUCGGGGGCGGCGCGGGGCAGCCGGGGCGGUUCGGGAGCCGUCAGGGGCGGUUCGGGAGCCGUCAGGGGCGGUGCGGGACCAUCAGGGGCGGUGCAGUCCGGCCAUGGCGGAGCCGCAGGAGCCCGGUUCCUCCUCGCUGCUGGCGGCCGCUCGCCGGGCGCACGAAGAGGCUUUCGGGGGUGCGGCGGUGCUGGCGGCCUGGGCCCCCGGCCGGGUCAACCUCAUCGGAGAGCACACCGACUACAACGACGGCUUCGUGCUGCCCAUGGCCCUGCAGCUGGGGACGGUGCUGGUGGGAUCCCCCACGCAGGACAACACCAUCUCCAUCGUCACCAGCUCGGCAGAGGCGGAUGAGCCUCACAAGGUGCAGUUCCCGGCGCCCCGUCCCAACAGCCCCCUGAGCCCGGGGCUGCCUCGCUGGGCCAACUACGUCAAGGGCGUCAUCCAGCACUACCGGGGUGGUCCUGUGCCAGGCUUCACUGCUGUCGUGGCCAGUAAUGUCCCCCUGGGCGGGGGCCUCUCCAGCUCGGCUUCCCUGGAGGUGGCUACCUACACCUUCCUGCAGCAGCUCUGCCCUGACGAUGGGGAUUUGGUAGCCAAGGCGCUGGCGUGCCAGAAAGCAGAGCACACGUUUGCUGGGAUGCCCUGUGGGAUCAUGGACCAGUUCAUAUCCGUGAUGGGCCAGGAGGGCCACGCGCUGCUCAUCGACUGCAGGUCCCUGGAGACGGUGCUUGUCCCUCUGAGCGAUGCCAGCCUGGCCGUGCUCAUCACCAACUCGAACGUGCGGCACACGCUGACGGGCAGCGAGUACCCCACGCGCCGGCGGCAGUGCGAGGAGGCAGCGGCGGCCCUCGGCAAGGCCAGCCUCAGGGAUGCCACCCUGCCCGAGCUGGAAGAGGCCAGGAGCAGCCUGGGGGAUGAGGUGUUCCGGCGGGCCAGGCACGUCAUCGGCGAGAUAGCGCGGACAUCACAGGCGGCGCAGGCACUGCAGAACAAGGACUACAAAACCUUCGGGAAGCUGAUGGUGGAGAGCCACAACUCCCUCAGGGAUGACUUUGAAGUGAGCUGCCCGGAGCUGGACGAGCUGGUGGCAGCAGCCCUGGAAGUCAAAGGGGUUUAUGGCAGCAGGAUGACCGGGGGAGGCUUCGGAGGCUGCACGGUGACACUGCUGGAGGCCGAGGCUGCAGCCAAAGCCCAGAAGCACAUCCAGGAGAAAUACAGUGGCACAGCCACCUUCUACCUCACCAAGCCCUCGGCAGGGGCAAAAGCUCUGCCCCUGUAGAGGAGUGACCACCGCCCCUGGGAGCCUUGGGCUGGCACUGCCUCCCUCCCCAAGGCUUUCCAAGGGGAUCAGUUUGUCCAUCUGCAUCAUUCACCUAAUAAAAACAAAACAUGUGCAAGUUGUUCUCUGCCCGUGUGAGCCAAAAUCACUUGGGACUGUUCCUCAGAGGAUACUGGUUUCACUCCAGCUUGCACUGGUGUAAGGAGCCAUUGCCAGAGCUGCAGUCACAGGGGGGGAUGGCAGUGCAGGAGCAGCAGGCACUGACACGUGGCAGAAGUUCCUGCUUGGGAAUCUGCCUCUGGCCCCUGCCCUGCAUCUGCUGCAGAUGGAGGAUAGCAGGAAGGGGGGAGGGAUUUUUUUUAUUUUACUCUUAAAAAAAAUCAACAAUAAAGAGGCAGAAUAUAGAGAAAAUAUUUAUUGAGUGCAAGAAGAAGCCAUCUGAUCAAAGACCUGCUCUGUAUCCGUCUUGGAAAGGCUGAAACAGCUCCAACAACCAGAUGAAAUUUAAAAAGACAGGCCUGGGUUAGUGCAUGUGCAUGGGGAAGGCCAGAGUCCCUGGAGAGCAGCUGAUGGGCCAUGCUCUGCUCUUGGAGAACAGGAUCAUCUUUGGUUAAAAGGCUUGGGAAACUCCCUUUUUAGGCAGUUCUCAGUGUCUGACCCUGGGCCACAAAGCCCAGGGACAGGGUCACAGAGUCCUUGAGCAGGAGGAAAGAAAAUCCCAACCCCAGGCAAGAAGGGGGCAGGGAGGGAGGCAGCCUCAUGCCACUGGCACCUGCUCAGGAGAAAUAAGUGCUUCUUGAAGGCACAGUAAAACCUCAGGGCUGGUGAAGGAUCCCUUGAGCCAAAUUCAAAACUGACCCAGCUCCAUCUGCAGUCGUGGAGACUCCUGUGGACUUGAUUCACCCACAUCCAUCUUUGGCUGAAAGAUGUACAGCCCUGCCCCCAGUGAAAUAAAAAGCCUGAAGAUGAGAAGGAGCUGUUGGUGGUGAGCUCUUCUUUAGUGUCCAAAAGAAAAAAAAAAAAAAAA